GACGGCGCGGCGUGCCUGGAUGAUGUUAUGCCCUGGCCUGGUGUCCAGCCUCCCUGGGUUCGGAAUUAGCCGCCUCCGCUCAGAUCCCUCCUCUUCAAACAGGGUGGUUUGAGCCUUUAGCGCAUGCUCCUAAUUUCCCAGUGGCCUACAAUGCCUUGCCUGACGCUUUCUCCCUCAACUCCGGCAAUAGCAACAGAAGUCACACAAGGGGCGUUGACGCCGCACCGUGCGAGAGCUGCCCAGGAGAAAAUUUGUCCCUCUGCGCGAUCCGGCACUCAGAGGUCGUUGCUAGGCACCGACGUCCGCUUCCUCACACCUGAUUGGUUCUCAGUCGAAGGUGAGGCGGGGUUUUGCCGUGGUGCGCAUGCGUGCAGCAAAGGAUGGAGGAGUCAGAACCAGAGCGCAAGCGGGCUCGCACCGACGAGGCGACUGCCGGAGGAGGUCGCUCCGAGGCGGAGGAUGAGGACGAUGAGGACUACGUGCCGUACGUGCCGCUGCGGCAGCGCCGGCAACUGCUGCUCCAGAAGCUGCUACAGCGAAGGCGCAAGGGGGCUGCAGAGGAGGAGCAGCAGGACAGCGGCAGUGAGCCCCGGGGAGAUGAGGACGACAUCCCGCUGGGCCCUCAGUCCAACGUCAGUCUCCUGGACCAGCAUCAGCACCUAAAAGAGAAGGCUGAAGCCCGCAAAGAGUCCGCCAAGGAGAAGCAGCUGAAAGAAGAAGAGAAAAUUCUGGAGAGUGUGGCCGAGGGCCGAGCCUUGAUGUCAGUGAAGGAGAUGGCCAAGGGAAUCACGUAUGAUGAUCCAAUCAAAACCAGUUGGAUGCCCCCCCGUUACGUCCUGAGCAUGUCUGAAGAGCGGCACGAGCGUGUGCGAAAAAAGUACCACAUCCUGGUGGAGGGAGAUGGUAUCCCACCACCCAUCAAGAGCUUCAAGGAGAUGAAAUUCCCUGCAGCUAUCCUGAGAGGUCUGAAAAAGAAAGGCAUCCACCACCCGACGCCCAUUCAGAUCCAGGGCAUCCCCACCAUUCUAUCUGGCCGGGACAUGAUCGGUAUCGCCUUCACCGGUUCCGGCAAGACUCUGGUGUUCACGCUGCCCGUCAUCAUGUUCUGCCUGGAACAAGAGAAGAGGUUACCUUUCUCCAAGCGAGAGGGACCAUAUGGACUCAUCAUCUGCCCUUCGCGGGAGCUGGCCCGGCAGACGCACGGCAUCCUGGAGUACUACUGCCGCCUGCUGCAGGAAGACAGCUCGCCCCUGCUGCGCUGCGCACUCUGCAUUGGGGGCAUGUCUGUCAAAGAGCAAAUGGAGACCAUCCGACAUGGGGUGCACAUGAUGGUGGCCACCCCUGGGCGCCUCAUGGAUUUGCUACAGAAGAAGAUGGUCAGUCUAGAUAUCUGUCGCUACCUGGCCCUGGACGAGGCUGACCGCAUGAUUGACAUGGGCUUUGAGGGUGACAUCCGGACCAUCUUCUCCUACUUCAAGGGCCAGCGGCAAACCCUGCUCUUCAGUGCUACCAUGCCCAAGAAGAUUCAGAAUUUUGCCAAGAGCGCCCUGGUGAAGCCUGUCACAAUCAACGUGGGCCGUGCCGGGGCUGCCAGUCUGGACGUCAUCCAGGAGGUGGAAUAUGUGAAGGAAGAGGCCAAGAUGGUGUACCUGCUCGAGUGCCUGCAGAAGACACCCCCACCAGUGCUCAUCUUCGCAGAGAAGAAGGCAGACGUGGAUGCCAUCCAUGAGUACCUGCUGCUCAAGGGGGUCGAGGCUGUGGCCAUCCAUGGGGGCAAAGACCAGGAGGAACGGACCAAGGCAAUUGAGGCAUUCCGAGAGGGCAAGAAGGAUGUCCUCGUGGCCACAGACGUAGCCUCCAAGGGCCUGGACUUCCCUGCCAUCCAGCACGUCAUCAAUUACGACAUGCCUGAGGAGAUUGAGAACUAUGUACACCGUAUCGGCCGCACUGGGCGCUCAGGAAACACGGGCAUUGCUACCACCUUCAUCAACAAGGCCUGCGAUGAGUCUGUGCUGAUGGACCUCAAAGCCCUGCUGCUGGAAGCCAAGCAGAAGGUGCCCCCUGUGCUGCAAGUGCUACACUGCGGGGACGAGUCCAUGCUGGACAUCGGAGGAGAGCGUGGCUGUGCCUUCUGCGGGGGUCUGGGCCAUCGCAUCACGGAUUGCCCCAAGCUGGAGGCUAUGCAGACCAAGCAGGUCAGCAACAUCGGCCGCAAGGACUACCUGGCCCACAGUUCCAUGGAUUUCUGAGCCGUCUGUCUGUCCUCACCAAGAGGCUCCAGUCCCUGGGGCUCCACCCACCCCUACGCAUAUACACACCCCAGUGCCCUGGACAAGAAGCCAGCGUCCUCAGCCCAGCUGGCCUGGGUUGGGCCAGGCCGGGCCUGACCGCCUGCUUCCUGUGCCCCCAGAAGCACUAUUUUUGUCCUCCUUCACCCCAGCUGCCAUUAAAGCACAGCCUCUCUGGUCUCACCCCA